CCAAUCUAUUCGCUCGUGAUGAGAUUGAUGAGAUUCUCAGUGAUCUUAUCCCUGUUAUGAAGCGGGAGUUUCCGAGGCGACCACCGACCAACGAAAACCUUUACGAGUACUUCAUGUCACGAGUCCGACACAACCUCCACGUUGUUCUGUGCUUCUCGCCCGUUGGGGAAAAAUUCCGCAACCGGGCGUUAAAGUUCCCUGCCUUGAUAUCUGGGUGCACCAUGGACUGGUUCAGCAGGUGGCCAAAGGAUGCUCUUGUUGCAGUGUCUGAACACUUCCUGUCAUUAUAUGACAUUGACUGCUCAACCCAAGUUAAAGGUGAGGUAGUCCAGUGUAUGGGCUCCUUCCAGGAUGGUGUGGCAGAGAAGUGUGUGGACUACUUCCAGAGAUACCGACGCUCCACCCAUGUGACACCGAAGUCCUACCUGUCCUUCAUUCAGGGCUACAAAGCCAUCUAUAAGGAGAAGAGGUCUGAAGUCCAGACCCUGGCCAACAGGAUGAACACCGGUCUCCAGAAGCUGAAGGAGGCAUCAGAGUCUGUAGCAGCACUCAGCAAGGAGCUGGAGGUGAAAGAAAAGGAGCUACAGGUUGCCAAUGACAAAGCUGAUAUGGUAUUGAAGGAAGUGACAGUAAAAGCCCAGGCCGCAGAGCGAGUGAAGGUGGAGGUGCAGAAAGUGAAGGACAAGGCCCAGGCCAUUGUAGACAGCAUCUCAGCUGACAAGGCCAUCGCAGAGGAGAAACUGGAAUCUGCCCGGCCGGCUCUGCAGGAAGCAGAGGCUGCAUUGCAGACAAUCAAGCCAUCAGACAUUGCCACUGUACGAACACUUGGUCGCCCCCCCCACCUCAUCAUGCGGAUCAUGGACUGCGUGCUGCUGCUUUUCCAGAGGCGAGUCAACCCAGUGAAGAUCGAUCCAGAGAAGAACUGCAACACGCCGUCUUGGCAGGAGUCCCUAAAGCUCAUGACAGCUGGAAACUUCUUGGGGAGUCUGCAGCAAUUCACCAAAGACUCCAUUAAUGAGGAAAUGGUGGAGCUGCUGCUGCCUUAUUUUGACUUGCCCGACUACAAUAUUGAAACAGCCAAGAGGGUGUGUGGCAAUGUGGCCGGGCUCGCUUCCUGGACGAAAGCUAUGGCCUCCUUUUUCUCUAUUAACAAGGAGGUCUUACCCUUAAAGCCCAAGCUCUAG